ACAUCUGUCUUUACAUUUUAGCCUAAACGUGUAUAUUUGCAGAACAUUUUGACGCUAAAAGGCGCUCAAGAUGUAGGCUAUACACAGCGAAGGAUUAUUAUUAUUAUUAUUAUUAUUAUUGAGUCCCACCUUGUUUCAUGCAUUGGUAAAUAUUGACCCUUAUACUAUAGUUUAAGUUCUGAUGUGAUGUUUUGAUGUUAUGUUUAAUUGUAGAAUGAUCAUAUGUGUCAACAGCAAAGGGAAAAGUAGUUCCUCCCUUUACGGUGAUUGGCAUGACUGUGUUACCGAAAAAGGAGUUCGGACGAUGGAAUACGGCCCUGACCUCUAGCAUGUCUUGUCCAGCAAGCAGAACAGGCCGAGUCCCAGAUCGGGAAUUGUACAGAGCAGUAGCAGCAGCAGCAAAAUUGAUUUGUUAAGAGUAGGCUACUGCGUUGCAGAAGAACUUUAAUCAGAACGUUCAGUUGUUUUGCAUUUCGUCAGAGCAACGCUGUCUUUCUCCCCCAGGUGUUCAUCAGUGUAAAUUAUUUGCUAUUUUCUUUUUUUUUUUUUUGCUUGGUGAUAGUUAUUUGAGGACGCCCAUUUGUUUUAUGCUGUUCGGAUGAGACGUGGGAUACAGGGGACGACCUGUUUUUAUUGUUGGUUGGCUGAUACAAAGAGGAAGAGACAUGGCUCAGAUUGCGAAGAGACAAUAGUUCACAUCGAUCGUUUGCCUUGAGAGAGGAGAAAAAAAAACAUAACACUGGUCAAACAGCAACCGGGGAUCCUUAUAGGUGGGAUGAGAUGAGAUCUCUGCAAAGCCAUUACCAUGGAAACUGGUGACUCCUCUUCCUCCCCGAGGCAAGAUGAUAGGCGGGACGUGCAGGAGCCAUGCGAGACGCUGCUCCUCGGCGAGGUUUCGGAGAGAGGCGCGGGGGAGGGGUCCUUCAGUGAAGACGACCCCACCGACGGCGGCCUGAAAAUGGACGCGGGCCAGAGAGAGGCCGCGGCGCGACCGAGCGCAAUGACUACGCCUGCCACAGGGGGCGCUUCAGCGGACGGGAUCCCGUGUAAGGAAUGCGGGGUUUCCUUCGCCAGCUUGCAGGCGUAUAUGGAGCACCGCUGCCCGAAUGGCCGCCGGGUGCCUCCGCAGGGCGGCGUCGGGAGCGAGGUCAGCGACCAGGAAGACAGCGACGUGGAAGCCCUCGAAGGAGAGAUCGUGUACCAGCCCAAUGGGUCAGCUUUCAUUAUCAAGGAGCCCGGAGAAAGUGUCCAGAACUCCCCCCUUGGAGUGCACGCCCUCUUUUCCCCGUCGGGCCUUCUCAACCGCCAAACUCCCGUGCCCUUUUUCCCCCAGGUCAUCAACACCUUCCACAUCGCCUCCUCUCUCGGGAGACAGUUGGCGGCUGAUCCGACAUCCCCGAAUACCUCAUCGCUGGCGGGCGUCGGCCCGGUGUUGCACAGCUUCCGCGUCUACGAUCUCCGACACGAGGGCGACGGAGACAGUCGGACCGGCGACGGCGGCUCCAAAAACUCCUGCGUAUCCAAAGAUGCCCCUAACGGGUUGGACCUGUCCAGAUUCGAUGGCUUGGUGAAGGAUGGCAAGAACAAGCCGGUCCUGAUGUGUUUCUUGUGCAGGAUGUCCUUCGGCUACGUCAGGUCCUUCGUGAACCACGCCGUCCAGGACCAUCGGAUGUCCCUCAACAAGGAGGAGCAGAAGGUCCUGGCCAAUAAGCACGUCUCUGCGAUCAUACAAGGGAUCGGUCAGGACAGGGAACCCUUAAUAAGCUUUCUGGAACCAAAAAAACCCCUCUGUCUCUCCCCGUUUUUUUCUGCUUCUGAUCCCGCGCGUCUGGAUCCUAGCUUGCGUGUCUUAUGGGGCGCCCUUCAGGCGGAGAGAGGUGCCUCCCUGCACGCUGGCUUCCCCUCUGUUCAGGGGACCGCGGGUUCCGCAUCUCCAGAAGAAGAGUCAGCGAUGCCAAAGGCUGAAGUGAACUUGCAGGCCCCGUUGCCUUUGGUUACCGCCCUGCCCCACGGCUACCAGUUGUCCGGCACGGCGGGCAAGUCCCCCGAUGUCAACAGACCCGGGAAAAGGGACGACGGCGACGCAGCUGCGUUCUCGCACGUCCCGUGCUCCAUAAAAAGCGAACCCGGGGAGACGCUGACUGACACCGAGGACGACGGCGGAAUGUAUUACAGCGAGAGCGAGGAGGAUGCCGACGAUCCCAUUGGCAGACGUGCGGAAUUUGCCGCCGCCGACGACCUCGCUCUCUCCAACCAAAGCGCUUCUCUUUUACCGUCCGACUUUUCGAAAGCCGAGGUGAAGGAGAGCCUCCGUUUCUCUGCGACUCUGUCUGCCGGUAGAGAGAUGACCGAGCAGGCAGCUGCCCCAAGGGACCAGAACAGUGGCGCCGAUGGCCAAAGUGGAAGUGAAAAGGAGCGCAAGGGUCGAGAAGACGCCGCACCUCCGUCGUUGGACGAGCGGAGAGGGAGCGUCAGCAGCCCUGUCCCGCUUCUCCACCAGGCUUCCGGCAGGCCGAGUACAACGCUAGACAACGCCGGCACAGGGCGAGCAUCUCCCGGCAGGGAUAUCAAGUACCCCAAAUGCGACCCCGACUUGGCGUCAUCCCACUCUCUGAGUGAUCACGCGGUCGCUUUCCAGUCUGGGAUUCCGUGCAAGGCUCUGAAGUGCCCCAUGUGCAAUUGGCAUUACAAGUACCAGCAGAGCCUGGAUGCCCACGUGAAGGAGAAGCACCCCGAGAUGGGCAGCUCCUGCCCCUACUGCGGGACGGGCCAGCCCCAUCCUCGACUGUCCCGCGGAGAGAGCCACACCUGUGGCUACAAGCCCUUCCACUGCGAGGUGUGCAACUAUUCCACGACGACGAAAGGCAACCUCACCAUCCACAUGCAGUCGGACAGGCACCUGACCAACGUCCAGGUGCUCCAAAACGGCGGUGUGGAGAUGGUGGAUGCCCGCCCGACCCACUCCGCGCCCAUUUCCGGGGUCGGCGGGAGGGUACCCUCCCCGAACAAACCCAAACAGAGGUCGAGCUGGCGCUGCGAGGUGUGCGACUACGAGACGAGCGUGGCUCACAACCUGAGAAUCCACAUGACCAGUGAGAAGCACGUCCACAAUAUCAUGCUCCUGCAGCAGACCUUGAAGCAAAUCCGAGGAGGCCUGCAGCCGGGCGUGGUGCCGGCCGAGGCCCAGCUCUACCAGUAUUACCUGGCCCAGAACAUGGGCCUGCCAGGCCUGAAGCUGGAGAGUCCUGCCGAUUUAUCGCACAUGAUGGUCAACCCCUUCCAGUUCAGUCCCUUUACAUCCGCGGGGUUGAUCCCAGGACUGGUCAAUGACAUUGACCUGGCAAAGGACGUCCAUCUUGGCAGCGGUCAACCGAAAGGUGAUGACCUGCCCCUCCUUCCUGCUGGAGAUCUGUCGCCACGCGCCUGUGACCCACAGAAGCUGUACCAGUGCAGCCUGUGCAAUAGGUUUGCCUCGGACAGCCUGGAGGCCCUGAGCUUGCAUGUGAGUGAGGAACGCGUGCUCCCCCUGGAGGACUGGAGGACCAUCGUCGGCGACCACUACCAGUGUAGGCUCUGCGGAUACAGCACCCAGCUCCGGGCCAACUUCCUGCUCCACUGCCAGACCGACCGACACCUGCACAGGUACCAGCUGGCGGCUCACCUGAAGGAAGCGGGGGAGCCGAACUACUGGAGGCUAAAGGACGUGGCCAUCAGCAACCCCGUGCACCUGAAGUGCAACGUGUGUGAUUACCAUAGCAACAGCGUGGAGAAGCUACGCCAGCACACGGCCAACCAGAGGCACGAGGCGGCAACGAAGCUCUACAAGCACCUGCAGAAACAGGAGAGCAUGCUAAACUCGGACUCCUGCUACUUCUACUGCGCGCUGUGUGACUACUCCACCAAAGCCAAGCUCCACCUGGUGCAGCACCUCCACUCGACCAAGCACCAGCAGGCGCUGGGCUCGCAGAAGCUGGAGUUCUUCCGGCAGGGGCUGGGGUCCGAGCCGGACGCUCUGGGCGACCUCUUCUACGUCAAGGACCGUCCAAAAAAAGAGUCCGAGGAACUGGAUGAGAAGAUCAGAGGGCCUGCCAAGGCAGCGACAAAUGACCCGAUUGAGAAGGAUAUUAAAGUCCACAAGAAGACUAAACCUGGAAUUAAUACCCAGUCCAGGGACCCCCCUGGGACCGCGGCUCUCGGAAAGCGGACUCUGUUGCCGGAAAAUGGAAACGACACGACGCCCAAGAGACCGAAAUCGGCAGAGGAGGCGGCGAGCGGCGAGCAGGACAACCAGUGCUCGCAGUGCAGUUACAGCACCGGGGACGCGAGCCGCUUGGCGAUGCACAUGCUUUCCCAGCAUUCCGUGCGGUCGGCUCUCUGCUGCCCCCUGUGCGACGACGUCCUCAGCAGCAAGAUCCACCUGCAGCUCCACCUGACCCACCUGCACAGCGUGGCCGCGGACUGCGUGGAGAAGCUGAUCGCGGGGGUCUCAGAAACCAACGUCCUAAUGCCCAGAAACACGGCUGAAAAACUGCCUGAAAGAGACAAGCUGCUGUGUCAUAUGGACACUUCAGCUGUUACACAGAAAGAACCAGUUAAGCCCCAAGGUGGAAGUUCCCGUGGUUUAAAGAGCAAAGCUCAAAACAGAGGAUUAGAGGGGCUUCAGAAUGUUCUGGAAGUGAAACCGCUGAAGGCGCAUUCAGACGCAGCAAGCUGGAAGAGGAGCCAGGACCAGAAGAACCAGGCCUGGCUGUGGAAGGAUCAAAGUGGUCUCCAGAACCAGCAGCUCUUGGGCUCUAAUCACCAUGGUUACAAGCAGCAGGGCGACCCCUACAGACUGGAGACGCGAGAGCUCCAGACGCAUUCUCAGCUCCGCGCCGCUGUCGUCUGCGCCCUGUGCCUUUGCGACUUCCCGACGGUCCUUGAGCUCAGGAAGCACCUGGAGAGCGGCCAUCCGGAGCUGAGCGAGGCCGACGUCGAGCGUCUCUGCAGGACCCCGCCUGCGAGCGAACUCAGCGCCGAGAGUGAAGAGAGGAUGUUCGAGCCCAGGCGACACAAGGACCUGGUCCAGGAAAGGAAGGACAGUCCGGCGAGAAGUGACAGCGGCUCCCCUCUGGACGAGGCGACCCCAGAAUUUAAACGAAUCGUUCCUCUGAAAAAAGGCACAAACUUUUUUGUGGAGAAGUUUUUGGAUCCUGCGCGUCCGUACAAGUGUACCGUGUGUAAGGAAUCCUUCACACAGAAGAACAUUCUCUUGGUUCACUACAAUUCGGUCUCACAUUUACACAAGCUGAAAAAGAUUAUGCAUGAGACCACAUCGCCGGUCCUUCAAGAAAGCAGCAACCGGUUUGAUAACAAACCAUUCAAAUGCAGUAUUUGUAACGUUGCUUAUAGCCAAAGUUCAACUCUUGAAAUCCACAUGAGGUCUGUACUUCACCAGACGAAAGCCAGAACUUCUAAAAUGGAAACCGGAAGUGGCGUUUCAAACGGAAACCACGGAUCAACACUCCCUCAGAGGCCCGUCACAGUUAGCCAAGAGACAGUGGACUCUGCAAGCUUGCCUGCCGCAAUACCCAAAGAUAACCAGACAAAAGCCAAAGAAACUAACCGAAAACAAACCUCUGAAAAUAUUUCUGCUCUUCUCCCUCCACAGCCAUCUCUGACCCCAGGACAGCUGCAGUUGCAGCACGACCUGACACAGCAGGCUGCUUUCUUUCAGUCUCAGUUUCUAAGCCCUGCGUUCUGGCCGCCCCUCCCGAUGUCUCCCAGUGUCCUGCUACACUUUCAACAACCCCAGUUCCUCUUUCCGUUUUAUGUGCCUGGUGCCGAGGUCAAGCUCAACCCAGAGCUGGCUUCGCAGUCCCCUGUUUUAGGGUUGCCCGGAAUGACUCAGACGUUGCUGGAGGACCUCAGGCUUCAGCAGAGCCAGUUUCAGCAGCUGCAGCGACAGGCCACUAAAAAGCCCGCCAGCGACUCGGAGGUGCCGCCGCAGAAAGAGCGGGAACAGGCUAAAGAGCCAGAGGUGGAGCGGAACGACACGGCGGCCUCUGACGUUCCUGUGUCCGAGGACGCUGAAGAGCAGUCGAAGGAACCAGAGGGCAAAGAGGAGCCCGAAAAGAUAAACCACAGCGGUGUCGCGGCUGAUGAUAGCGGAGAUGUCAAAAAGCAGGUUCCGGAACCUCCCUUCCUACCACCACGUGUUAUCCUGGGCGCGAGGGGGAACGCUGCCAGAGCUUUGCUGGAGAACUUUGGCUUCGAGCUGGUGAUCCAGUACAUUGAGAACAGACAGAGGAAUCAGAGGAAAAACGAGUGUGCGGAAAAAGAGGCCAUCGCCGACAAGCUUGAGUGUGGGACGUGCGGAAAACUCUUCUCCAACAUUCUGAUCCUGAAGAACCACCAGGAGCACGUGCAUAAACAGAUCUUUCCAAAUGGAGAUCUUGAGAAGUUCGCACAGCAGUACAGAGAGGCCUAUGACAAACUGUAUCCAAUUAAUCCCUUGUCUCCUGCAACUCCUCCAUCGCCGCCAGCCACACCGACUCUUCCACCUCCCCCUCCCUCACCCCAACCUCCAUCAGAGCCUUCCCCCACCAUUAGAAAAAUACAGACCCCUGUACCACCAAAGGCUCCUCAGCCACCGCCAACUCCCCCACCCCCUCCUCCACCUGUUUUGUCUCCACAAAUCCACUUUCCCACAUCUGUAGACCUGCCGUUUCUCCUGUCAAUGAUGGCUCAGCAAGCUGGGUUGCCUCCACAUCUUACCCCACAGCUCCCCUCUUCAGAUACUACACCUUUGUUAGAUCUUACUCAGCCUUGUCAUCAGCAGGAGCCAGACCCUGCAGCUCUCCAGCAGGCAGAGUCCAAGCGACCUCGUACUCGGAUUACUGAUGAACAGCUGAAAAUCCUCCGUGACAACUUCAAAAUUAACAGCUACCCUGGGGAGGAGAAAAUCGAAGAGCUGGCGGAGAAGUCCGGCCUUUGUCAGAAGGUUAUCAAGCACUGGUUCCGCAAUGCCCUCUUCAGAGAGAAACAACGUUGCAAGGAAUCCCCCUACAACUUCAGCAUUCCACCUGUGACGACACUGGAAGACGUGAAACUGGAAUCCCAGUUUGAUGGAAUUGAUUUUCACAAACCGGAUCCCACUAAGAAUAAUAGGUCUUCCAGAACUCACUUCACAGACCAUCAGAUGAGGGUCCUUCAGGACUUUUUUGAUACUAACGCCAACCCUAAGGAUUAUGAAAUAGAUCAGCUCUCUUCUGUUCUUAAUCUGCCAAAUCAUGUGAUCAUUGUCUGGUUUCAAAAUGCCCGUGAGAAGGCAAGACAAAAUUAUGAAAGUCAGACUGGUUCAGCUGAAGACAGUGAGAGAAAGGACAGUUGGAAUGCCCAUUCUUUCAAAGCUGAAGAUGAUGAUGCACGAGAUAGUGACUGGCAAGACAAGGAAUACAAGGAUGCUAGCAACCAAAAUGUACCAAAGCUUCUGGAUCAUGCAGGUUCAUCUAAAAAUACCUUUGGAAGCGUUGCAUGUUCUGACUCAAGCUCUCCCUCAGUACCUUCACCUCAAUCCAGUGUUGGAAAGGCCUCCCCUAAGCCAAAGUUAACCUCUGAAAAUCCAAAGCAAGCUGAAGAUUCUUCCUCUCAAGUGGUAAAUAACAUACCAGAACUACGAGCAGCCCAAGUGCUCACUCCACAACCUGCCAGGCAGAAGACAACCCAGGAACUAAUGACUAGGUUGCAGUCUGCAGCCACAUCCAGUCAUAUCCCUCUCACCUCCUCAUCUCUGACAAAUAGUUUGCUUCCUCAGAUGCUUCACUACAAGUGUGACCAGUGUAAAAUAAUCUUCCCAUCUGCAGAAUUGUGGCAGGAGCACCAGCGCAUGCAUUUGUUGGCUACCCAAAACCAGUUUCUUCACUCACAGUUCCUAGAGAGAUCCUUGGAAAUGCCAUAUAUGAUCUUUGACCCGAGCAAUCCGCUUAUAACAAGCCAGUUACUCUCUGGAACAUUCUCCCAAAUGCCAGUGCUGAACAGUUCUGUCCACUCCUCAUCUCCUAGUUCUUGUUCUGCCUCUCUGAAGCGUAAAUUAGACGACCGAGAGGAAAACAGCUCCAGUGAUAAGGACUGUGGAAACACCAUCGAAGAUCAGCAGAGGGACAAACGCCCAAGGACCACCAUUGCUCCAGAGCAGCUGGAGAUCCUGUAUGACAAGUACCUCCUUGACUCAAACCCAACUCGAAAAAUGCUCGAACACAUUGCCAACACGGUGGGCCUGAAGAAAAGAGUGGUGCAGGUUUGGUUUCAGAACACUCGUGCCAGGGAGCGGAAGGGGCAGUUUCGAGCACUGGGUACAGUUCAAUCUCACAAAAAAUGUCCUUUCUGUGGUUCACUCUUCAAGGCCCUAUCAGCUCUUGAAAGCCAUAUUCGGUCCAGACACUGGCAUGAAGCUAAGGAGGCAGGUUUUAGCUUGUGUUUAAGUUCCAUGCUGGCAGGCAUUGAUGGAGGGGAGAUCCUACACAAGCACAAUGACUUUGAGAACCUGUCCACUAAGAUGGAAACUAGUGAAUCUGAACUUCCUGAUUUUGAGCUAACAACUGCAUCACCAAGUCCUGCAAAACACUCUGAAGGACAUCUGAAGUACUUUCUGAGCUCUUCAUGCUCAAAAGCCGAAAAAAACGAGGACACUGAAGAGAUGAGUGUCAAUUCGGGAGAGCUCUCCUAUGACUUAACUAAAGCAGAUUUAGAUGAGACCUCGUCUGUCACCACAGCCACAAGUGACGCAUCAACAGGUCACAGGGGACAAAGUGAGCAAGGUGAAGGCAAGGCAAAUCCCUUUCAAAAUUAUGACUCCCACAGGGACAUUCAGAUCAACCCGGCUAAUUUCAGUUACAGCAUGCAAGGCGAUGACCUGGAUGACAGUACAGAUCAGAGCGAGACCCUGAGCGUAGUAGACCUGAGCUCACCCCACCCCUUCACCUACAGAGGCCCCCUGGAACACGGAAAGCUAGGUUUAGACAAACCAGGCCACAGGCGGUCCAGGACCCAGAUGAGCAACCAACAAGUUAUGGUUCUCAAGGCUUGCUUUAGCGACUGCCGCACCCCGACCAUGCAUGAGUGCGAGACUCUCGGCGACAAAAUUGGACUGGCCAAGCGGGUCGUACAGGUCUGGUUUCAAAAUGCUCGUGCCAAAGAAAAGAAGUUCAAAAUAACCGUUGGAAAGCCAUUCGUGAGAAGCCAGGACUCACCAGACGGACUGCUGCCGGAAUGCACCCUCUGCGGCACAAGGUUCACGACCACAUUUCCCAUACGGGAGCACAUCUUCUCCCAGCUGCACGUCGACAAGCUCCAAGACAGACUGCGGGGCCAUGUGGAUCGGGAAAAGGAUCACCUCACGGCAACAACCGUUCGACAGCUGAUGGCACAGCAGGAGUUCGAACGCUUCAAGAAGAGAACAGUGGAUUCCCUCAGUCCUGCAGCUCAGCAGCAAUCCAUGACCGAUGCCGGUGCACUUCUUGGUCUUGGCUGGCCAACAAGUUACUCUGGAAUCGCUGGCCUCUCGUCUGGUGUAAAUGGGCAUUUAAAGCUUCCUAGUUUUCCACCAAACACACCUGGUCCUCCUGGUGAUGCUUUCCCCUCUCCAGUCACCCCCACAACUGCUGUGUCUCUCAGCUGUACUCAAACCAAGACCCCGACCCCUCCACCUCCUGUUCCCUCCACCCCAUCGACAAGCCAUCAAGCUGAGACAGAGAACCCGGACAAGCCAAAGACAAAACAGCACCACGAGGAGAGGGAGAAAAACGGCUCUCGUUUUGACUCGAAAAAACGGAGGGAAGGGGAAAGUGGAAAGAGGACUCAGACGAAAAGAGCCAAAUCGCAAGGGCUUCUGGGUACUGUCGCCGGGGAUCCGGGAGCCUUCUUAGCGGGACAGUUCCUGCCUUACUUUGUCCCGGGGCUUGUCCCAUACCUCCCUCCCCAGCUUCCCGGAUUUGCUCAAGGUGGACCCUUCCAGCCUCUCUGUGGACUGGAGAACCUGUUCCCGUAUGGCCCCGGCUUGCCACAGGCCAUCGCCGGUCUCUCGACAGCUGCCCUGGUUCAGCAGUACAAGCAGUAUCAGCAGUCCCUCCCAGACACCCUGCAACAGGAAAAGCCGCCAGAGAGACAACGGCAGAAACCAGUGCCCGCCGAGCCAUUAAACACGCCAAGCGACGGAGUCCAACCGAAAGAGGAGGACACUGCCGGCUUCUCUAUUGAAGGCACCGACCAAGAAUUGCAAGCGGGUGCCAGAGCCACAGACUGUCCAGAUGCUCUCGUCAACUCAUCAAGCAAGGCUGAGUUUACCUGUGAAAAUUGUCGCGCGGUCUUCACUGACAAGGAGUCCGCGUUGAGUCACAAGGGGUCCUGUUGCUUCGGACAGUCUUUCUCGGACUUGCGGGAAGCUGAGCUUCGCAAGGCGACCGGCGGCAGAUACAACAGCGCGGCCCAGAAUCUGACCAUUAGCGCGGACAAAGCGGUUAGCCAGCGCGCUCGGUCGAGCCCACACAAGGACAAAGCAGCAAGACAAGCAAUGAGAGAAGCCAAAGAGCACACUAGAUUAUUACCUCGUUCAGCCUGCUCCUCCACCACGUCUACCUCACAGUCUGCUAUCGGUAACCGACCACAUGUUUCUUGCACGUCCAUGGUGUCCUGGCCCAGCGUUCUUUUCCAAGCGUCCUCCAUGGGCGCUUCGUCGUUCCUCUCGCCCUCUGCCCCGCUUCCUUCUCCUCUCUCCACCCCUCCGGCGGUUACCUCGUCUACGCGGGGUACCUCGGAGGGUCGUCUCUCGCUGCCCGCCGAAAUGUGUUCGGACAAAUUGGGCGGCCAGUUGAGUCAGAAGCUUGACAACAUUGGGAAGUCGUUGGACAUCAAGGCCAAGGCAGCCUCUGGCCUCGGUGCCAAUUUCAGAAGUAUUAGAAUGGAUAUGUUCACUGUGUAGGAGUGAAAGCUGUAUAAAAUAAAGAAGAAUUUUAUCUGCAGUUCCAAAGUUUGUGUAACCCAAAAAAUCACAGCACCAAAUGAUUGACUCAGGAUUGUUUCGUUUUCCCCAUAUUGAUAUACUAGUUAGACAUGGUAGGAUUUUUGUUAUGGACAGAAUGGUUGCAGAUGCUUGAUUAAGCUAUUGUGUACUGUACUGAAUAAUGAAAAAACAGCUCUUGUGGAGCCUGUUUCAAGCCAAAAAACAAUGUUGUGAUCACAAAUUUCACCUCAGAUAGAUUUUCAAAAAACUUACAUGUACUGUAUGGAGAAAUAUUUUGGAACAUUUGAAGAGAAUUUGUCUUAUACAAGGUGUAAUUCAGUAACGUAAAUUCUCAGGUCAUAACAGAAUAUCUUUUGUUUGUCAAAGCAGCAUAAACACGGAUUAAAUGAAAUAUUUACCAAAACAAGUAAAAUUGUACCAGAAGCACGCGGGCACGUGUGUGUUUAGGAAUGCACAACACGUGUGCUUUCUCUUUCAUGUUGCCCAAAAGGACCAUAUGGUUUUGCCACUGAACGAAUUUAAAAUGGUGCUGGAACAGUAUGUACAUCCCCCUUCGGUUAUAUUUGCGCUGGUCCUCUAAGUUCAGUGUUCCUUUCCAGGACAGAGUAUACUUGUGAUCAGCACCACACGGUGAACUGUCCAGUGUUGAUUCAACUCUUAACAGAGUACGUACAGCAUGAGUCCAGUAGGGACCAUAUGUACUCUGCAAGAGUUGAUUUAACCCUGAUCAUUUUACUGCAUAGCUGUUUCUUCAUACCUUCACCCCAACUUGCACCCAGUUCUUUGAAGGGAAAACUUUGUUCUCUUUUUUAGUACUUCAUUUCAUUUGUGAAUUGCAAUGCUAUCGAGGUACUUGCUUGCACCUGGAUUAUAGUGCACUUAUUUUGUUUUUUCCCCUCUUGCCCUUUAUAUAAUUUGUUUUUAUGAUGCAUUUUUCAUAAAUAAUAGGACAUUUAAUCUGUGUCUUGUUUAUUACUUUUUUUUAAUUUUUAGAACAGCAGUUUGGUCCGUAAGAGUUUGACCGUAAACAAUCCAAACUUGUACUUGAUUGUGUACAUAAAAGUAGAUUUGUAUGACUUGAAACUGUUAGUACAACUUAAAAGUAAAGAAAAAAAACAUAAAAUGGUGUACAUCAUUGCUUCAUGUAAACAAAGAAGCUGCUUUAAACAUGGGACAAAUGUAUGUGUUUUGUAAAGUAUAAUGGUUUUGUCAGCUUGGAGGUACGUUUUCCUAUACUUUUUUGGAUGAGACAUUUAACUUCUUUUAGUACUCUGGGCAUUUCAGUUGUUUUUUAAGUUUUAUUACCUAUAAUAAAUCAACUUAUAUUAAUUAUUAAGUAUUCUCUUAACAUAAUUUUGCUGUAAGGUUAUUUAGCUUGCAUUAUUAUUUCUUUAUUCAGCAAUUCCACAAAUUAAAGGUGGAUUCAUAAAUGGCUUUAUCUGAAUGCUUUUCUUUUUGCUGUGGAUAAUUAUAGAAUGUGAAUGUGAUCAAGGGUUUUUUUUUUAUUUUUUAUUUUUUACAAAUCUCCAUCUUGAUUUGUAAGGUGAACAAUUGUUCAUUCCAAUGGAAGACAUUGCUUGUGUGAACAUGGGGGACUUCUGAAAAUAAGAAAGCUGUUUGUACAUAUGAGUAGUUGGAUGUGCAUGAUGUGCAAAUGUAUUAAUAUGAGUAAAUGCAAAAAUGUAUUUCUUUUAUUUGUUCUUGUUCUGAGAUGAACAAGUAGCAUGAAAUGCAAACUGCUUGACAGGUUAAAAUCUUGCUUAAGAUGGUGAAGUAAAAUUCCCUUUGUCUUUUAAAGGAUGAUACAGGUUUUUUUUUUUUUUGUUUUGUUUUGGUUUUUGUUUUGUUUUCUCUCCAGAAAUGUAAACAGUGUCACAGCAGUUCCAGUUUAUAUAUUAUCUCCUCUUUCUAUGUAAACAUUUUGAUGUUCUUAUUGAUAUUUUAUCGAUCGAUUUGAAUUCCAAAGACACUUUUCAAUGGUUUUCCAAGAGACUAUAGUGCAGUCCUGUCCUCGAUCCAAAGUUUGUCAGAAGGAUGUUUCUGCCUUUCUCCUGAAUGUGGAUCUGUACUACGAGAUGGAGCUCUCCUUACAGCGUUGCACAAAAAUGUGUUGAGAACAAAAUGGCUGACAAAAAAAAAGAACAAUGGAGGAGUCAGAGAAGUGAGAUAUAGAUGUAUAUAAAUGUGGCAGUCAUCCUGCUUCUAAAAACCUCAGUGGGUGGAAGGGCCCGGGCUAAAGACCGUAGCAUUCAGAAAGGAGAGAAACUGGGAUUUUUCCUGCUGAACAUUAACGGGAUUCGUCACGAUGCCACAGAAAGUAUUCCCGAUACCGGGGUAGGAAAGGAAAAGCUCCUUUUUUUUUUUUUUUCAAAGAUCUCCCCUACAUGGUUAUGACUUUAAAUAAAAUUAAACCAAAAAUGUUAUCGAUGUUUUGUAUCAAGAAAACUGUGUCUUUUUUGUUACUGUGAUGUCCAAAGUCUCAAAUGUACCAUAUUACAAUGCUUAACAUCCUUUAAAAAUGCCCCCACCUCCCCCCUCCCCACCUCAGACCUGUAGUUAACCAUAAUUGAAAUGACAUUCAUUGUAGAUGGCAUCUGAACAGCCUCAUCUGUAAAUCAUUCAUCGAGCACAUUUCUUCACCAUUGUGAUAGAUGUAGUGAUAACAAUAAUAAACGAAACGAAACGAAA